CCCAAGAGAUAUACCAACAACACCAAGUACCCUGCUGCCGUCAAGUUCGCUAUUUUACAAAUUAAAAUCACCAGACAAUACUCUAUCCAACUUCACUAACAUCAAAGCUUCGUCGUCCACAAGUCUUAGUAGUCUCCAGACUAUCGAGAAUGGAUGGUCAACAAACCCUCAGAGUGAAGACGUUGGGAAUUCAUCGUCCCUGUUUGAGGGCACUUCGGGGCUGGGGUCACCAACAAGGCCUCAGACGGCUUUGAGUACAGCGACUGCUUCUGUUACAGGUCUGAAUUCGUCCAGAAAGUGGGAAAAUGAUGAGGAUGUAGUUGAGUGCCGAAGAUGUUUCAAAAAGUUUGGGUUUAUAACCCGAAGGCAUCAUUGCAGGAAAUGUGGACAAGUAGUAUGCGAUCGCUGCUCGACAGCUCGCGUCCCGCUUCCUCCAAACCAAGUCCUCCGGGACCCAUCAGAAGUUACAGAUACAAGCACAUCAUCAUUCUACCGUGUUUGCGAUUCCUGUUUUCGCACAAUCGAUUUACACAAUCGACAACGAUCUGGUAGCACAGCAGCAUCCAUCAACUCCACCAGUUCAGUGUCCCGACAACGACGACGUGACAGUUCCAGUUCGAUAUUUGACUGUCCAGUCUGUGGUGUUCAGUUGAAGGACAUUCCGGGUGGAAAAGCCGCUGAAGAGGAACAUAUUAAGAACUGUCUAGAGAGCAAGAAUGGAAACAACAUUAGCGGGUAUAAAUAUGUGG